CUAGGCAACCUUUGGGGUCAGCAUAAUAGUACACAGCCACAUUUUGUUGCCCCCCUAUUUAACAAGGCCUCUUUUUCAAAAUUUCUUCAUUUUGGUCCAACAACUAUCCUAGCAAAUCCUUCAUACUCCAAAUGGCUCAGAUGAAAGUGGUAAUGAAGGUGCUCACCAUGUCUGAUGAAAAGACAAAGCAGAAAGCCAUAGAAGCUGCAGCUGAUAUUUUAGGGGUAGAUUCAAUAGCAGCAGAUCUGAAGGAACAGAAACUAACAGUAAUAGGAGAAAUGGAUGCAGUAGCAGUGGUAAAGAAGUUGAAAAAGGCAGUGGGUAAAGUUGAUAUAUUAUCAGUAGGGCCAGCUAAGGAAGAGAAGAAAGAAGAGAAAAAAGAAGAGAAAAAAGAGGAAAAGAAAGAGGAAAAGAAGGAAGAAAAGAAAGAGGAAAAGAAAGAAGAGAAGAAAGAAGAGCCGCAGAAGUGACUUAUCUCCAUUUGGAUUUGGUAUAGUACAAUCCAAACAAUCAUUCAAAGCUUUGAUAGAGAAGCUUUGGUUCUUCAAAUUGCAAGUAUGAAUCGCUUCUUUGUCUCUUUAGACUAAUUAAAUAAAAUUUUGUCUUGUUUCUUCCCGUUAUUCCUUUCAACUUUUCUAUUUUCUGUUUUAUAUUAUUUCAACUUCGUUUGGUGAGGAGAAAAAUGUAGGCGUUUAAGAAUGAAUAUAACAAUAAUUUUUCUCUGUUUAUUGGACAAAAAUGGGAAAAUCAGUAUGCUGGCGUCCUACUU